AUAAGGUGGAUGCAAGAGUUGGUCUUGCUCUCUUCUGGGUGACGCGGAUUGGAAGGGGUUCAUACUUUCACUAAACAAUUUUAAUUAUUUUUUUUUUUUUACCUCCCUUGGUUUUUAUUUUCUGAAACUGCAAAUACAUCUACAGUAUUAUAGAGAGGAGCCAUGAAGUGGACCUGGGUGCUUGUGGCAGUCCUGCUGUCCUUUGCGGGGAUAUCACUGGGCAAGGACAGCUUGGACUUCCCUAUGUAUGAUGGCAAGGACCGCGUCCAUGACCUCCACGCCAAGAACUAUAAGUCUGUGAUGAAGAAGUACGACGCCAUGGUGGUGUACUACCAUGACCAUCCCGGAUCCAGCCGCGUCGCCCAGAAACAAUUUGAGAUUGAGGAGCUGGCCCUUGAGCUUGCAGCCCAGGUCCUGGAAGAGUUUGAUGAUGAGGAUGUUGGAGUCGGGCUCCUUGAUGCAAAGCUCGACAAAGUCAUUGCAAAGAAAUUAGGCCUUGAUGAAUCCGACAGCAUCUACAUCUUCACAGAUGAUGAAAUCAUAGAGUAUGAUGGAGAGCUUGCAGCAGACACUCUUGUGGAGUUCAUCUAUGAUGUUCUUGAAGACCCAGUGGAAAUUAUUGACAAUAGUAAGGAACUGAAAGGCUUCGAAAACAUGGACGAGGACAUCAAAUUGGUGGGCUACUUUAAGAGUCACAAGUCAGAACAUUUUGAGGCUUUUGCCGACGCUGCUGAAGAGUUCCAUCCUCACAUCAAGUUCUUUGCCACCUUCAGUGCCAAGGUUGCCAAGGCUCUGGACCUGAAGCUUAAUGAAGUGGACUUCUAUGAACCCUUCACUGAUGAUCCAGUGGUCAUCCCUGGAAAACCUUACACUGAGGAAGAGCUCGUGAAGUACAUUGAAGAUAAUGACAGACCAACCCUGAGGAAGCUGCAACCAUACAACAUGUACGAGAUCUGGGAGGAUGAUAUUGAUGGUGAACACAUCAUUGCUUUUGCAGAGGAGUCUGACCUAGAUGGCUUUGAGUUCCUGGAGAUCCUGAAGCAGGUUGCACAGGAUAACACACACAACCCUCACCUCAGCAUCAUCUGGAUUGACCCUGAUGACUUCCCUCUGCUCGUGCCACACUGGGAGAAGACUUUUGGAAUUGACCUGUCCAGCCCUCAGAUUGGUGUUGUUGAUGCUGACGAUGCUGACAGUGUGUGGAUGGACAUAGAAGAUGAUGAAGACUUACCAUCUGCAGACGAGCUGGAGGACUGGAUUGAAGAUGUUCUGUCAGGCAAAAUCGAUCCUGAUGACGAUGACGAUGAUGAUGAUGAUGAUGAUGACGACGACGACGAUGAUGAUGACGACGACGAUGAUGACGACGAUGACGAUGAUGACGACGAUGACGACGACGACGAUGACGACGAUGAUGACGAUGACGACGAUGACGACGACGACGAUGAUGACGAUGACGACGAUGAUGACGACGACGACUAAAUCAUUGAGUCGUAAUUUACUUUAAGUCUGACCAAUGCAGUUUCAAGAGUCGACAUCACUAACUGUCAAAUCACCCUCUUUUGUAACUAGUUCUUACGUUGAACUCGUCACUUCAUUUUGAUAUUGCAUCUUUUCAUCAUACUCACGCUGCAUCUCAGCAGAACAAUAUUCCAUUUCUCAUUUAUCCCUCUACCCUUACUUAUUCACUAAUCCCCUCUGUAACAAACUACGAUCCCACAGUAGCUUUAUUCCCACAUGUAACUGUCUGGUACAAUAAAAAAAGAAAUUACUUCAAAACCUU